UUUUACCGCGGCAGAACAGAAACUGAAUAUCACUGAAAGGAAACCCAAAGAAGAAAACUUUCUACUUCCAAUCUCAGCUUUAAUACGCUUCUUCUGAUCAUCUUCCUAUAAAAAGCUCAACAACCCAGAAACUGAAACCUCAAACUGGAACAUGGGUUGCUGUCCAUCUUCCUUUUUUGCAGAAACCCAUCCAGAGAAGUACCACCACCGCCAGCAGCAAACCCACCGCCAAACACCGUCCUCCAAUGGGUCCGAGGCGGAAGGAAGUGGAGAAGUUCCUUCCUUCUCGGAGUUCACCUUCUCUGACCUCAAAGAUGCCACUAACAACUUCAGCUCAGACAACAUCGUUUCUGAGAGCAGUGACAAGGCCCCCAAUAUUGUCUACAAGGGCUGCCUUCAGAAUCGACGAUGGAUCGCCGUCAAGAAGUUCAGCAAGACAGCCUGGCCUGAACCCAAGCAAUUUGCGGAGGAGGCUUGGGGAGUGGGGAAGUUGAGGCACAAGAGGCUUGCGAAUUUGAUUGGGUACUGCUGUGAUGGGGACGAGAGGCUUCUUGUGGCUGAGUACAUGCCCAACGAUUCUCUUGCUAAGCAUUUAUUCCACUGGGAAAACCAAACCAUUGAAUGGCCGAUGCGUUUACGAGUAGCCUACUACAUUGCCAAAGCCUUAGACUACUGUAGUAGUGAGGGCCGUCCAUUAUACCAUGACAUGAAUGCUUACAGGGUUCUCUUUGAUGAGAAUGGCGAUCCACGCCUUUCAUGUUUUGGCUUGAUGAAAAAUAGUAGGGAUGGGAAGAGUUAUAGCACGAAUCUUGCCUACACUCCACCUGAAUAUCUGAAAAACGGAAGGGUCACUCCCGAAAGUGUUAUUUACAGCUUUGGCACAAUCCUUUUGGACUUGGUCAGUGGAAAGCACAUACCUCCUAACCACGCUCUUGAUAUGAUACGAGGCAAAAAUAUUAUCCUCCUGAUGGAUUCACAUUUGCUGAAAAACUUUUCUACAGAAGAAGCAACCAUGGUAGUAGAUCUUGCCUCUCAAUGUUUGCAAUAUGAACCGAAGGAGCGGCCAAGUACAAAAGAUCUUGUUGCAACACUAGCUCCACUCCAAAUCAAGACCGAUGUCACAUAUUUUUCCAUGCUCGGAAUUUCAAAGCAAAAAGAUUCCCCAUCACCUCCACAGAGACAUCUUUCAGCUAUGGGGGAGGCCUGCUCACGCUCAGACCUUACUGCAAUUCAUCAUAUCUUGGUUACAACACAUUACAAGGAUGAUGAAGGAACAAAUGAGGUAAUAGAGCACUCGACAGUCUUGCAUAUGUUUCUUUCAUGCCUUUUGCUGCCGGGGAUAUAUGAAUAUGAAUUUUUGCAGUUAUCUUUCCAAGAAUGGACACAACAAAUGAGAGAUUUGCUGGAUGCGAGGAAACGCGGGGACUAUGCAUUCCGUGACAAAGAUUUCAAAACUGCAAUAGACUGUUAUUCACAGUUCAUAAAUGUGGGAACAAUGAUAUCCCCAACUGUCUUUGCACGACGUAGUCUCUGCUACCUCCUAUGCGAUCAACCAGAUGGUGCCCUUCGAGAUGCGAUGCAAGCACAAUGUGUAUAUCCAGACUGGCCAACAGCCUUCUACAUGCAGUCUGUUGCCCUUGCCAAACUAGAUAUGCACAAGGAUGCAGCUGAUAUGUUAAACGAAGCGAGUGACCUGGAAGAAAAGAAGCAGCGGAAUUCACGAACAUCGUGAGAGCAUAGCUUUAAAGAUUUGAUAUGGAACUACAAGACCAUUGCUGUUGAUCGAGGCUGCCUGAAGUUUGUACAAAAUCUGAGUUGGGAAUCAUAGUUGUAAUUCUGCAUUUGAUUGAUACGUAUAGUAAUAUAUUGCAUUAAUGCAUGUGUGGAUUUCCUUCCAUGAUGGGAAUAAAUUGCUUGACAUGAUCACA